ACUGACUCCGCAAACUACCAUCUGGAGGGAUUGUUCAGUGCAGUAAAUGGUGUGCGGUGAUGCUGGAUUGCCACUUACAGAGUGGGCCGCAUUAGCCCCAGCUCUACUGAUCAUGGUCAACAAGACCUUAAACUAUUGGGAUCCUGAUUUUGAGGAUGAGGUCAUCAACAUCAAUGUCGGGGGCCUGAGAAGAAGACUCAGCUCGAGCGCUCUUUCCAAGUUCCCAGACACUCGCCUCGGGCGCUUGCUCUCCUGCGACUCCGAGGAGUCCAUCCUGCAGCUGUGCGAUGACUACGACGUGAGCGCCCGGGAGUUCUAUUUUGAUCGCAACCCAGGCUUCUUCCUCUACGUUCUCCAUUUCUACCAGACCGGCAAGCUGCAUGUGAUGGAGGAGCUGUGCGUCUUCUCCUUUUGCCAGGAGAUAGAGUAUUGGGGCAUUAACGAGUUCUUCCUGGACUCGUGCUGCAGCUACCGCUACCACGAGCGGAAGCUGGAGAGCCACCACCACAACUGGGACGACGAGAGCGAGGUCAGCAGCGUGGACACCUCCCCCGACGAGAUCUUGGAUUUCAACCACGAUCUGCUCCGCUACAGCACUUUGCGCUGCGGCAACUUGCGCAAGCGCCUGUGGCUCACCAUGGAGAACCCGGGCUACUCCAUCCCGAGCAAACUCUUCAGCUUCGUUUCGAUCAGUGUCGUGCUGGUUUCCAUUGCCAUUAUGUGCAUCCACAGCAUGCCGGAGUACCAGGAGCUCGACGAGGAUGGCAAGUUGAAGGAUGACUCGGUGUUGCAAAACUUGGAGUACUUUUGCAUCUCCUGGUUCACCUUCGAAGUGACAGCCCGCUUACUGUUGGCACCGAACCUGCGGAAGUUCUUCAAGCACCCUCUGAACCUGAUUGACAUCGUCUCGGUCUUGCCUUUUUACGUCACCCUUUUGGUGGACGUGGCCAUGGGAGGCGAUUCGGAGCUGGGGAACCUGGGCAAGGUGGUGCAGGUGUUCCGACUCAUGAGGAUAUUCCGGGUGCUGAAGCUGGCCAGGCAUUCGACGGGCUUGAGGUCUUUAGGGGCCACCUUGAAGCACAGCUACAGAGAAGUGGGAAUUCUUCUCCUGUACUUGGCUGUUGGGGUGUCUGUUUUCUCUGGAGUGGCCUACACUGCAGAAAAGGAGGAAGAUGUCGGUUUUGACACUAUCCCGGCCUGCUGGUGGUGGGGGACGGUUAGCAUGACAACCGUAGGCUACGGAGACGUCGUGCCGGUGACCGUGGCUGGCAAGCUGGCAGCCUCCGGUUGCAUCCUGGGUGGGAUUCUAGUGGUGGCGCUGCCCAUCACCAUCAUCUUCAACAAGUUCUCCCACUUCUACCGCAGGCAGAAGGCCCUUGAGGCGGCCGUGAGGAACAGCGACAAGAAGGAGCCUGAGGACUCUGAGAACUACCCAAGCCAAGAGUCAGAGGUUUUAAGUGAAGUCUUCCAGAGGGACGAUGAUCUCACCAGAAACAUCCUUCCAAUUCAUUGAAUGGACUGUGGAUCAGGGACUUUAGUUCUAUUCUAGCAUCAGAGAACAGGCAAGUUGCUAGUGAGGUGGUAGCAGGAACAUGAUCUCUGCCAUCGUGGGCUCAUUCGUUCUCAAAGCACUUGUGUGGUAACCUCCAGCUGAGCUAAUCAACCAUAGCCAUUUAUCUUAUGCAUCUGGAUUUCCAGUAUUCCACCAGGACGCUGUACACUGUGACGCACUCAAUCCUCUACCCUUCAAGGAACACUAGGAGCCAAAUGGCCAAAAUACUUUGCUUCUGAACUACUGCCUGUAUCUCAGCCCUCCCAAGCAGCAAAAGAGGGCAGCUUUGCCAUUAUACACACCUUUUAAAGUUGCCAGUUCCCUACUGGGGGCAGUGCUGCUAGCAUCCCUCAGGUAUGACCUACAGGCAGGUGUCAAGGUUUCCAGUUUGAAUUGGAAAUGCAAGACUGGAGUCUGGCAAAUAGGCUUAUUGCACAACCAAAUAUACAUGUUUUUAAAAGAUGGCCUUUUUAUUUCUUUUUUUCUUUUCCCCCCGUUCAACUUCCAUCCCAGAAAUUGCCACACAUCCUCUUGGCCUCAUGUCCUCAGUCCAAAUGCAGCGAAAAACACUUCCACUGUCUAUCAA